AUGCGAAACACUUUCCUACUAUUCGAAGUUUUCGCUGCGUCAAUACUUCUCAUUCCGUUUUGGACGGUGGCUUUAAAGAAAACCUCAAAUGUGGAUGCGUAUACAAUGGAAAAUCAAAGAACUCACAUGAGGCAGAAUUACGUCCUUCAAGGAUCAGACGAUAAUCGUGAUGAUCAUUUUGGUAUAGCCUAUGCGAGAUCCUAUAACUCAGAUAGAUCCGAGGAAUUGCCUGCUCUUAUUGUCGACUAUGCUAAUAUGAUACGAAAUGAUAUCGUACUCUUGGACAAUUCCGUAGAAACAAGAACAAGAAAACGCGGGAAUGUUAAAGUCGAGAACUAUAAUGGUGACCAUCAGACACCUUGUACCUGCGAGCAGGAGAGCGGAGACGUUUUAAUUCUUGGUGAAGACUACGUCCCCAGUUAUAUUGAAACUAUAAAAUGUAAUACAGGACUUUGUUCGCCACCCUACAGCUGCCAAAGGCGUGUGUAUAAUAUAACUGUUUUAAAGAGAAAGAAAUAUGGCGAAAAUUCAAUCAAUCAGGAAGAACUGCCUGAUGAUUUGAGAAAACGAUGGAUUGCUGUCAAGAAGCCCGUAUCUGUUGCCUGCCUUUGUACUGUGGAUAUUCGAGAACACUAUUAA